AUGGCAAAACUUGGAAAAAUCUGUUGUGAGAUGCAAAACCCUGUUGGAAAAACCUGCCUUAUAAACCGGGAAACAUAUAAAUCCCAAGCAAUAAAAAAAGUUACACAAUUAAUGAUGGAUCAGUACUCUUCUGUUGUUUCAGAGCUAGAAGGGACACUCCUCAAGGACCCCCAUCCGUUCUCCUACUUCAUGUUGGUCGCAUUCGAGGCAUCCGGGUUGCUCCGGUUUGCCUUGCUGCUACUUAUGUGGCCGGUUAUUCGGUUUCUUGAAAUGAUAGGCAGGGAGGAGGCAGGGCUCAAGCUCAUGAUAUUCAUUGCAGUCGCUGGAGUUCACGAAUCAGAUAUCAAAUCAGUAGCCCGGGCUGUGCUGCCGAAGUUUUACGUGGAGGAUGUCGAUAUGGAGGCAUGGAAGGUGUUCAGUUCUUGUGACAAGCGAGUUGCGGUGACGAAGAUGCCGACGAUAAUGGCGGAGAGGUUUGUGAAGGAGCACUUGCGUGCUGAUGAAGUUGUCGGCUGCGAGCUGGUUGUGAACCGGGUUGGGUUGGCCACAGGUUUCGUUAAGUGUGAAGUUGGUUCCAGUCAUUUCUGUGACCGAGUGGCCAAACUAGUUGCAGCGGAAUCAAAACAACCUACGUUAGGGUUGGGAAGGCCUACAUCAUCAAGUUCUUCGUUUUUAUCUCAAUGCAAGGAACAAAUGCACCCACCAUUCAUGAUGACCAAUCAAAAGGACGAACAACAGCUCCUCCGUCCCCUCCCGGUGGUCUUCCACGACGGUCGACUGGUCAAGCGCCCGACACCAUCCACCGCUCUCUUAAUCCUCAUAUGGAUUCCCUUAGGCAUCUUACUAGCCUUCAUCCGCAUAACAGUGGGUUUGAUAUUGCCAAUGUGGGCUAAACCCAAGUUCAGCCGGGCAUUUGGCAGCAAAGUCAUAGUUAAAGGCAAACCCCCACCCCCAUCGGCAGGCCCCGGAAACAACAACUCCGGCGUAUUAUUUGUCUGCACUCACCGAACACUAAUGGACCCCGUUGUGUUGUCCACUGUACUCGGCCGUAAAAUCCCAGCCGUCACAUACUCUGUCUCUCGAUUAUCCGAGAUCCUAUCCCCUAUUCCCACGAUCCGAUUGACCAGAAUUCGACACGUCGACGCCGAGAAAAUCAAGUGUGAACUCUCCAAAGGAGACCUGGUGGUCUGCCCUGAAGGAACGACGUGUCGCGAGCCUUUUCUCUUGAGGUUUAGCGCCCUCUUUGCCGAGCUCACAGACCGCAUAGUCCCCGUGGCUAUGAACUAUAGGGUAGGGUUCUUCCAUGCAACCACCGCCAAGGGCUGCAAGGCUAUGGACCCCAUUUUCUUCUUCAUGAACCCUAGACCGGUGUAUGAGGUCACUUUCUUGAACCAGUUGCCACUGGAAGCUACGUGUACGUCGGGGAAGAGUCCACAUGAUGUUGCUAAUUACGUGCAGAGGAUCUUGGCUGCAACGUUAGGGUUUGAGUGCACUAACUUCACCAGAAAGGACAAGUACACAGUUCUCGCUGGGAAUGAUGGAACCGUACAAUGUAGCUCUUGCCUUGAUGGAGUUAAGAAGGUUGUGAAGACCUAUAUGCCGUUUAUCACAAAGACGAGGAUGGCGGAAUAAUGACGA